UGUCAGUUACACAUUUGCUUUUAUUUAAAUUCCAUUCUCGUUUGUUGCUUACAUUUAUGUUCUAUAGUUCUUUGUUUCCUUUGAGUUUUUUUUUUUUGCUGACUCCGCAAUGAGUGCAACCACCAUAAAGGUGCCAUCUCAGUCAUCUAAUGCCGCCAGUCAUCUGUCUUCAGGCUUGGAACUUCAGGCAUCGAAAUCGCAACACGGUUCGGCCACAAAUGCUCUACAAACGAAGAAAAGUGUUGCAGAGAUACUAGCAUCGGAGUGUAAUAAGCCCCCAAAAGAAGGUACCAAACCUUAUCCGAGAAACACAUUCAUACUCCUUAAAACUGGUAAAAAGAAUGGCAUCGCAAGAAAAGAAACCGAAAAAGAAAUAAAACCUAUUAGCACUCGAACAAGAACAAGUUCUCCAAAGACAUCGGCAAGAAUAGAAAAGAGGACCCCGAACCAGGUUACAAAGUCAACCAGGAGCAGAACAAGCAGCCCCAAGAGUCUUGUGGAAAAGCCACGAUCAAUGAGAAAUCCAUUAAAAAAACUGGGUGAUAGUAUGCAACUCUUAAGAAGCAAGUCCCUACUGUCGGUAAUAUCUAAAGUUUCAUCUCGGAAAGCUAAUCAACGGAGCUUCUUCCGUGAUGGUGCCUUUAAAAAUUACCCUUUCGGUACGAGUUUCAUGUCCCAAGGGUCUGCACCGUCGAACUUUUCUAAUAAAACCCAAAUAUCCAUAAGUCCGAACGGAGGCAGAAAGUCGACGAAAAAGUCCAAGGGUAUUUGGGGUCCCAACAAAAUUGGCAAACUAAAAGCCAAGCCAAUGGAGUAUGAAGUUCUGUUAGUGAAAACCCAACUAAACGAAAGAGCUGGUGUUCAGCCGAAAAAAACAUUGAAAGCGUCCAAUGCCAAAGCAGAUGAGUUGAUCCUUUCAUCGGACUCCGAGGAAGAUGCCUUGCUCGAAGCCAAGAGCCCUGUCAGUGAGCCCGAGGAGCCGACGAAAGAUGAACCAGCCGAACGAAAUGCUUUUCUAGAAAUUUUCGGUAGUCUGCCCAAUAUCAGUGCCAUGUCGAGCACAGAAACUCUGGACAAAGUGGAAUUACCCGACCCAGAAGCCGAGUUCCUGUAUGUAAAUCCCGUCGAUGUGGAGCGCUCUGAAUCAGAUAAAUCAGAGACACCGAUUGGUUCUUUAGAGGAGCUUGAAUUAUUAUCAGCAUCUGAUCGCAGAAGCCAUGCUAGUACAGAUAUCAGCUUGGAUUUUCAAAUUGAAAGUGAAGAUGAAUCGGUAAGAGAUCCUACUCUUGUAGAAGAGCCUCAAGUUGAGGAUAUCUCCGUACUAAUGAAGAACAUGGACACCAGGUCAACAUAUGUGGGCUUUAAGACCCCCUCUACGAGUGCCAACGAAAAAUACCCAGUGCCAUCAAUCGAUAAAAUCGAAGCAUUCCUUGAUGACUUACUCAAGGAGGCGGCGAACUUAGCCCUUAGGCCUCGAAUGCAGCGAAUUCUGGACCCUUAUAAACUAAGAGAUCAGCUGGGACAACUCCUAAUUCAAUAUCAAGACACUUUGAAACAGAAUCACACGCUUGACAAUAUCAUCUCUGAGUAUUUUAUUAGGCGAAAGGAGUUGGUAUUCGUCGUUGAAGACGAGGGAAUCGGAAGUAUACACAGACCGCGGCUCAUGGAAGCGAUUAAGGCACUGGACCAUCAUUUGGAGCGGGAAAGGGAGACCAAGAUACUAACCGAUAAUCUGGUGGGAAAACUAAAGACCCAUGAGAGAGUUGUCAAGAACUUCGAAGUCCAAAAGGUCAAUGAAUUCGAGGCCAAGGUAAGGGAAACUCUGCUGAAGGACAGCUACAUUCGCCUGCCAUUGGUAAUAAACGAUCUGUUCAGGAUGAUGAACGAGGUCCGCAAUGAAGUAUCUAAAUCCCGACAGAAGUUAUCUUCAGUUCAACAUCAGCUGGCGACCAUGGAGAUGAAAUAUGCGAAAAUGAAUGCCGCGGGCAACAGCGUCAGUGAAUAUUUGGCCGAACAGGCGGAAUCCCAAACUCUGAACAUAAAGCUUUGUGAAAGGGAGGUUGAGCUGAAGCGCCUGAAAGAUCGUGUCACCUAUGACCUCCAUACAAUGGCGGAACUGAGGGAAAAGGAGAAAUUGAACCGGGCUUUGCUGCAGGAGAUGAAGGACAAACUAAAGUCGAAAAGGCUUAGGCAGAAGCAACUCAGAGACCUUCUCUACGAUAAAAUGCUGCAGCGCAAAUGUCUGAAGAAGGAGACUGAAAAUAUCCGGCGCGGAUGCUUGAUGCUCCACCCGGACCUGCUGAGAGAUUACGAUGCGACCGAGGAGCAUCUGCAGGCCAAGCAAGAGGUGAUCCGAAAACUCAGGUCGGAGUAUAACUGCCUGGAACAAAAACUAUCGCAGGUCGAAUCGGGCGACAGCAGGAAAAAAAGCAUAUUAAGAACUUCAAUCAAAUGACUUUUGAAAUGUUUAUAUCCAUGAUUUGUAUUAUAUUAGUUUCAAUCGAACUAGGAUUAGAACAUAUUUUA